UUCGUAAUAUUUUUGCUGUAAACUUUGCCCUUCUGGAGAGAUAGUAGUAUCAAACAUUAAAACCCACCCCAACAAACCAUUAUACUCUCUUGAUCAUUGUCUGACCCGUGCGCUUCUCGGAAGAGUUUGACGGGGUUUAUUCCUCCCACCCAUAACUAACUUAUCGGAGGGGGGCAGUUUACAUAGUUUAUUAAUCCUUUCUCGUAGUUUUGGAAGCUAGAGAGCUUGUGACAUAGGCGAAAUCAUAAUUUAUGCACGCAGAUUGGAAUCUCCUAGACAGCAUAACAUGGCCUGUUUAUUUGGUUGAAUAGCUGAUAAGUCAAGGUUUCAGUAAAAUUUCUGACCAGAAACUUGGUUGCCUGAAGCUUUGCGAUAGAGAGUACUACACUACAUCAGUGUCCAUGAAGCUAACAGUUUAAGAGUUUCUCUGUAAUGAAGUGAUGCAAACUGAAGAAAUAAGGCCAGAGAUCAGUACCCAUCUAGGAGAUGUGGAGAUUGAUGGAGAGGAUAACUUGAUCAGUGCUUCGGCUAGUGCAGUUGAAAAGAAGCCUAGGAGGGGGAGGAGGAGGAUACUCAAACAUUGUUCUAAAGCAAGUGUGAUAUUAGAUUCUAACAAAAACAAAUGAUUAGGAAAGCUCGAUAUCAAAUCCACGAACAUGUGCUACUACAAGUUAUGCAAUGAGCAUGGUAAAAUUUCAGGGUAAUUCAGGUCACAUCUAGAAUAAAAAUUGUGAAAUAGCAAGAUCUGAGGGAAAUGUUGUAGAAAAUUUGAACAGUGAUGAAUGUUGUCUCUGCAGGAUGGAUGGGGUUUUGAUAUGUGGUGAUGGUUGUCCUGUUGCAUACCAUUCUAGGUGUGUUGGGGUCUCAUAAAAUUCUUUACUUGAAGGAGAUUGGUAUUGCCCGGAGUGUUUAGUCAAAAAAGCCCCCAGAGGAUUUGCGGUAUUGAAGGGCUUGCAAGGAGCUGAGUUUCUGGGAAUCGAUCCACACGGGCGAAUAUACUUCUCUAUUUGUGGUUACUUUCUAGUGGCUGAUUCUGCUACAGAUCCAGUUACUACCUACUAUUAUUACAACAAAUAUGAUUCUAUGAAGGUUCUAAAUAUAUUAGAUUCAUCAAAUCCGUUAUAUGGCACUAUACAUAAUGCAAUGAUACAAUCCUGGGAUAAAAGUAGGACAAUGAGUAAAGCAUCCCUUGACAAAGCAGAUAAUUUUUUUGAGAAGUGCACUUCAGAAUCAUCCAUCAUAUUUGUAUCACAUUCUCUUGUACACCAGGAACAAGAGAGUGCACCUUUAAUUCUUUCUGUAACUUCCCAAAAGAAUGCUAUCCUCAAGAAUUAUUCUUUUUUAAAAGGAAGACCUGUUGAGAACUUUGUUGCAGGAGGCAAAGAAGAUGUUGAAAUGAUGGAUGCAUAUCAAAGUAAUGGUGAUGCUCUAAUAGUAAGUUCUGAAAGUUCUUUUGAAACAUCAUUGAAUGUUGAUGCACAAGUAUCAGAGAAAAACAAUCAGCAACAGAUUAUUUGUUCCAAUGCCCCUUGUAGUGUUGAGUUUAUAAAAAACUGUUUAGUUCAGGGUCAACAACUAAUUGAAGCGGAUGCCAACAAUGCAACUUUCCAGGUGAAGCAACAAGUUGAACAGUCUGAGAUUUGCACCGUGUGUGCACCUGGUCAAAUGGUUUUGGUUGAUAGCCCUCUUAAGAGACAAGUGGCUUUUCAAGUAAAUGCUUAUGAAAAUCAAUACGUUUUAGGGGAUGUGGUUGUGUCAACUGCUGCAAAUUUAGCAGUUGAUAUUGCUGAUAAGGAAAAUAGUGUACAACGAUCUUCAAAAAGGUCUCUAUUGACUGCAAUCACAGAACAAAGGAAAAUCAGAGAACAAAUGAAGCAUUUUUUAAGGCAACUGCACAAUUUUCCUGGCCAUGUUUUACCAAAAAAUAUAAUGAAGUGCAGAAAGAAAAAUGUGGAUGGUGCCUUUUUCGUAAAUCUUCUACAAGUAAUCCUAGUGGUUGCAUAUAUUACAUAUGGCUUCUGAGAAUGUUGCAGCAAAGGCUCUACGAGGGGUAGUCGUUUUUUCUCCCACAAAGAAUGGUGAUGGUCAUUUUCCAGACAUUGUUGCCUAUAUUCUAUAUAUGGAGGAUCAAUUGUAUGGUCUUCUUGAUGGUCCAUGGUAGAAUCCAUUGUACAGGAAAUAUUGGCAUAAAUAUCUCGAGUAGGCAUCAAGUAUUGCUAAGGUCAAGCAUUCUCUAUUGGAAGUCAGAACAGAUGAGAUUACUUUUUUGUGAUUGAAGAUCAUUAUGACAUGGCACUGUGCCUUUGUAAAAUUAAUUGUGUGAAUCUUUUCCUUAAAUAGAUUUGAGCACAUUCUUUGAAGCACUUUCAUUAUCCUUAAGCACAAAAGCUAUAUGACACCUGUAGGUGUUUCAUUUACAUUUUCCUUUUGUUUUUGGCAGCUAGAAUUGAGUAUUAAACCCAUUGCAUUUUCAGCAAAUUGGCUUAAAGCUGUAGAUGAUGCCACUCUUGGUAUCUCCACUGGUCAAAUUAGUGCAAGUGUAGUUGGAAAAACACCAAAGCGAAGACACCCUAGAAGGAAUUCUGUGAAUUGGUCCAGAGCUGUCAAUGAUGCCACUUUUGGGGCCUCCACUAGUCAAGUUAGUGGAA